AGACCCAGAACGCCCUGAGCCACCUCCCACGAACCCAGAACGCUGAACGCUGAACCUGAGGGUUGGACGGGAGCUAGGGUUUUAGCCGCCGGCCAUGGCCCUCUCCUCGUCUUCCUCCACACUGCUCCGCCGCCUCCUCGGAUCCACCCCCCUCUCAUCCUCCCGCUCCUCUGUACUUCGCGCCGCCUUCUGCUCCUCCUCCUCCUCGGGCCCCUCCCCCACCUUGCCACCUCCGUCGACCAUCUUCGGCGAUGACACCGAGGUCGCCAACGUACCGCCGCUCACCACCCCCAAGCUCUUCGUCAGCGGCCUUUCAAGGCUAACGACAGAUGAGAAGCUCAAGAGCGCGUUUGCUCCCUUCGGACAGCUUCUUGAAGUGAAAGUCAUAACAGAUAGAGUUUCUGGGAGAUCAAAGGGCUUUGGUUUUGUAAGGUACGCGAGUUUACAAGAAGCUGAGACCGCACGGCAGGAAAUGAAUGCCAAGUUUCUGGAUGGAUGGGUCAUUUUUGUCGACCCUGCAAAACAAAGGGAGCAGAAGCCUGCUCCUCAGCCGGAUACUGCUUCCUCCCACACCGGCUUCACGAUAAAUAAAACUGUAGGAUGGUGUGGUUAGUUGCUUAGGCUCUUGAGUCCUACAGAUCACCUAGCAAGGGCAUGGAUAUGCUGUUCUCGUGUGUUUAGGGUUAUUAAUCUGCUGUAAGAUGCUUCUGAUUGUUGUUCUAGCCAUAGAAAGUUAAUGGCAUUACUACCUGUAUUAAUACAUAAAAUGAUAACGCUGUUCCUUUUUUGAGAUAAUAAUGUUGCUCUUUGUGGCUUCA